AUGCCCAUAGUGUCCCCCCAAACCCUGCUCCUCUGCCUGCUGGUCCUGGCAGUCAUGGAAGGCCAGGGUCGGGAGGCAGCCAUCCCAGGCUGCCACUUGCACCCCAUCAACGUGACAGUGCGAAGUGACCGCCAAGGCACCUGCCAGGGCUCCCAUGUGGUACAAGCCUGUGUGGGCCACUGUGAGUCCAGUGCCUUCCCCUCCCGGUACUCUGUGCUGGUGGCCAGUGGCUAUCGACACAACAUCACCUCCAUCUCUCAGUGCUGCACCAUCAGCAGCCUGAAGAAGGUGAAGGUGCAGCUGCAGUGUGUGGGGACCCGAAGGGAGGAGCUCGAGAUCUUCACAGCCAAGGCCUGCCAGUGUGACAUGUGUCGCCUCUCACGCUACUAG